AUGUUUACACGCAACUUGCACACUCUGCCGCGUCAGGCUAGGCUCUUGAGCACUUCUUCUGCAGUGAGGACAGAGACCCUAGCAGGGAAAAUUAAAGAGAAUAUUCAUGCCGUGGACAAAGCAGCCGGCCGCACACUCGCCUCGGGCAUAGAACAGGUGCAAGCCGCCACAGAAACUGUCAAAGAAGUGCUAGGACAGGCGGGCCAGAAGGUGGAGGAAAAGGCGAAGGAGAAAAAGGAGGAUACGGCACAGGGGGUGGAGAAGUUGAAGGAGAUGGAACGGGAAAAGAGGGAGGAAGUCCACAGGCGGACGUAG